AUGGGAAUUUCGAAAGAACGUGGCGGAGUCCACUCAAUCGUCGUCGCCCUCAUCGCGGCGAAAGCCGAAGUGAUCUACGAUAACCGUCUAACCUCUGCUGACGUCAUCGCCGAACACAUGACAGAAGAAUUGGGAUACAAAGCGACACUUCUAGAUUCAUCCGGUGCAAACUCGAAUUAUAAUAAGAUUCAGUUAAUUAUCGGCAACCUAUCCACAGAAAACGACGCGACACGCAUCGAGUCUCACGUAUUAUCGAAGACAGGUGUCGACUCGUGUAAUGUGUCGAUUGCCACGUCGAUGGCUCUCGUCGAGUUCUCACCGCAAGUCAUCGGUCCACGUGAUAUCAUAAAUGUCAUUGAGUCACUCGGAUUCACUGCCGAUUUGGCGACGAGAGAUGACCAAAUGAGACGGUUGGAUCAUUCGGAGGACGUGGAGAAAUGGCGAAACACAUUCCUGAUAUCACUUGUCUGCGGAGUGCCCGUAAUGAUAAUCAUGAUAAUAUUCCAUUGGAUUCUCCAUACUCCAAUGCAUCCGGAGAAACAGACACCCAUCUUCACACCCGCUCUCUCUCUGGAUAAUUUCUUACUCCUGAUUUUGUGCACACCUGUUCAGAUAUUCGGUGGUCGAUACUUCUACGCAGCGUCGUGGAAAGCUAUAAAACACGGAAAUGCGAAUAUGGAUGUGCUGAUUGUUCUCGCCACAACCAUCGCCUAUUCCUAUUCAAUCGUCGUGUUAUUGCUGGCAAUCAUCUUCAAAUGGCCCUCCUCUCCAAUGACAUUCUUCGAUGUACCGCCCAUGUUGAUUGUAUUCAUUGCACUUGGGAGAAUGUUGGAGCAUAAAGCGAAGGGAAAAACGUCGGAAGCACUGUCUAAACUGAUGUCAUUACAAGCCAAGGAGGCGACACUUGUAACGAUGGACACGGAGGGACGGAUCACUUCUGAGAAGGGGAUUAAUAUCGAAUUGGUGCAGAGGAAUGAUCUGAUUAAAGUGGUCCCAGGUGCCAAAGUCCCAGUCGAUGGAGUCGUUAUUGAUGGGAAGAGUUCGGCUGAUGAGAGCUUUAUUACGGGCGAAUCGAUGCCUGUUGUGAAGAAACCAGGAAGUACAGUAAUCGGUGGAUCUGUCAACCAGAAAGGAGUGUUGAUCAUCAAAGCAACACACGUCGGAAACGAGUCGACACUCUCCCAAAUCGUUCGUCUCGUCGAAGAGGCGCAGACAAAUCGUGCUCCAAUCCAACAGCUCGCCGAUAAAAUAGCCGGUUAUUUCGUUCCGUGCGUCAUUGGAUUGUCCCUUGUGACACUUGGAGUAUGGAUUGCAAUCGAGUAUAAUUUGGAGAGAAAUGCGCAUUUGCCGCCCGGUCUCCGAUUCGAAGAAGCACUAAAAAUCGCGUUCGAAGCCGCCAUUACAGUACUCGCCAUCGCAUGUCCGUGCAGUCUGGGUCUCGCCACGCCGACAGCUGUGAUGGUUGGAACGGGCGUCGGAGCAGCCAACGGAAUUUUGAUCAAAGGAGGAGAACCACUGGAAAGUGUGCAUAAAGUGACAACAAUCGUGUUCGAUAAGACUGGAACUAUCACUGAAGGUCGUCCACGUGUAGUACAAAUCGCCUCGUUUGUGAAUCCGACGACGAUGUCGUUAAAGUUGAUCACUUUCUUGUCGGGUGCGACGGAGGCGUUGUCAGAGCAUCCGAUUGGAAAUGCGAUUGCGGCGUUUGCUAAACAGCUCCUCAACGAGCCCACGUGGCCAAACACGUCUCGAUUCCACGUCUCCGCAGGACACGGAGUAACAUGUCGAAUCGAUUCGAUCCGUCAAUCAUUCUCAUCUCUUGCUCUCUCCGGAACAUCUUCUCUCGAAAUUCCACGUAUUCCUGAUGGAAAAACAAUGACGAUUCCAGGAACGGAAGUGACAUUACUUCAGGUUUCUAGUCGUGAUGUUAGCCAACCGAACCCAGACACCGCAAAUAUCGUAAUCGGAACCGAGAGAAUGAUGGAGAGACACGGAAUUCCAGUAUCAGAAGUCGUCAAAAUGACACUUUCAGAAGAGCAGAGAAAGGGACAUAUUUCAGUGAUUUGUGCUAUUAAUGCCGAAGUGGUCGCCGUCAUUUCGAUCGCGGAUCAAGUGAAAAAAGAGGCGUCUCUUGCCAUUUACACUCUCCGUGAGAUGGGUCUCCGAGUGGUUCUUUUGACUGGUGACAACUCGAAAACUGCCGAAUCGACAGCGAAACAAGUGGGCAUUGAUGAGGUCUAUGCGGAGGUUCUUCCCAACCAAAAGCAGCAAAAAAUAAAACAACUCAAGGGAUACGGUAACAAAGUGGCAAUGGUCGGUGACGGAGUCAACGAUUCGCCAGCUCUCGCCGAAGCAGACGUCGGAAUUGCCAUCGCCGCUGGAAGUGACGUGGCAAUCGAAUCGGCUGGAAUCGUUCUCGUUCGAAAUGAUUUAGUUGAUGUCGUCGGAGCGAUCAAGUUAUCGAAAAUGACAACGAGACGGAUUCGACUGAAUUUCUUGUUCGCUAUCAUCUAUAAUGCUAUCGGAAUUCCAAUUGCAGCAGGAGUGUUCCGCCCAUUCGGUUUCAUGCUUCAACCAUGGAUGGCCGCCGCCGCGAUGGCUCUCUCCAGUGUCUCUGUCGUCUCCUCCUCACUUCUUCUCAAGAAUUUCCGAAAACCAACACUCGCCAAUUUGUAUACGACAAACUUCAAACGACAUCAAAAGUAUCUGGAAUCCGGAUCGUUCCAAGUUCAAGUCCAUCGUGGACUCGACGAUUCUGGAGUCUUCCGUGGAAAUGCUCCGUCGAAAUUGUCGGUUUGGAGUUCGAAAGUCGGCUCUUUGCUGGGCUCGACGACGAGUAUUGUGAGCUCUGGCAGCUCGAAAAAGCAGCGAUUGCUCGAUAAUGCUGGAUCGGAUUUCGAGGAUCUCAUUGUUUAG